GCUUCUGGGUGCGGCGCCUCCUCCUGUCCCCUGCUCCCCUCCUGCUGCUGCGCUCGCCCUGGGGUGCACGUCGGCGUCCGUCUCCCCUGCGCGCGCGCCGUGCUCGUCGGGCGAAUCUGGCAAUUUUGUCCUGGACUCGGCCCCCUUGCCUGUUGGCAUUGAUGAGGGGGGUGAGUUCGUUCCCGGCUCGGCCGCUCCGUCCCCCCGGGCUUUGUUGGGCUUCACCCUCCUCUGCGCGCAUUCAAGUCUCCGCGGCCGCGCCGGACGCCUUCAAUGCGGCCACCCGCCUUCGCUCCAUCAUCACCAUCCUCCCUCGCCCAUCCCGGCUCGUCAAUGCGGCGUCAGGAUGCGUCCUCGCGCCACGGCCUGUCUCGUCCGCUCCUCGGGAGGAGGAGGGCUGGACUUUCAUGCUGCGGCAGCGCCGCCCUCGACGGGACGCGCCUUCAAGCCGGGCGUCUGCCGUCCCGUCCCAUCCCGCGCCGAGCGGCCUCGACGAGCAACGCCGAGCCAGUUUCAUCCGCUUCAAAAAGCGCACGGAGGGGCGCUGCUCUCGCUGUCUCGCCCCCAAACACCACCGCUCCUCUGCCUGUCGCGACCCUGUGCGCUACCUCUCCUGCAACCUCUCGGGCCACAUCGAGCGCAGCUGCCCCCUGCGACGUGCGUCCAAGCAGCGUCCGGCCUCCCCGCCUGCGGCCCCUCCGCCGUGCCGCUCGCCCGCCGAUUCGGGCGCGCGUUCCUGGGCUGAGGUUGUCGCCUCCCCGUCCGCUCCCCCUCCCCGCGCUGGGAUGGCUCGCGCUUCCGCCGGCAUUGGGGCGUCGGACGCUCGCCCCGAGGAGGACUCGUGCUUCAUCCCGUCCUCAUUCGACAUGGACCGUGACAUGCUUGAGUGGGAACAGACGGCGGCCAUCGCCUGGGCUAUCAACGCGCCGCGGCGGCUCGUCGCGCUGGACGUUGACCGCGCCAUCCGGAAGCAAUUCCGGCUCAGCCACGGGGACGUGGCUGUCAUCCCGUACCACCCGGUGAAGUUCCUCGUCAAGUUCGAGCACAAGGCCCAGUGCGACGUGGCGCUUGCCGCGGGUCACAUGCGUGCUGCCGACGCCAUUGUCCACAUCAGGCCGUGGCGUCCUCUAGAGCGCGCGUUCGGGGCCGCCCUCAACUACCGAGUGCACCUGUGCUUGGAGAACGUCCCUGACUACGCGUGGACGCCGUUUGUCGCCGAGCGCAUCAUCGGCCGGCGCUACUCCCUGGAUCGCCUCGAAGACCACUCCGUGCUCCGGACAAACUCCGUGACGCUCGACCUCUGGGCUUGGACUGCAGACCCAAACCUCAUCCCCAAGGUCAUCUAGCUAACAUUCACCACCCGUCCAUCCGGCGGCCUGCAGGUGUUCGCCAAUGUGGCGAGGCCGUCCGGUUGCAAGCGUGGCGCAACCUUCAGGGUGUUGGUUCACUUGGACAUGGUGGAGGACCACUCCAAUGCUCCCCUGGACUGCUACACCUCUGACGAUCGCGCUGAGGCGUUCAGCCCUCCCAGGCUGCCGCUGGAGUGGCACAUGGAGUGCGUUGACGGUGUUCCGCCGCCUCUUGGAGCCACCCUUGCCCUCCCUGACAUGGGAGGCGGCUCACGGGCUGCUGCUCCGCGUUGCCGAGACCGGGGAUGACCACCCCCGACAGACGCCGCGGUGCCGGGACGACAACGAUGACUGGCAUGGCGGCGGCGGCCGGGACGGACGCGGCCGGGUGCCCCGCUCCAACGCCUCGGCCUUGGACGGGCGCAGGGAGCGCACCCGCUCACCUCGACGUCGCGACGUGGAUUCGACGCGUCAUGGACGUCGCCGUGCGGGCUCCCCCGUGGGCGCUGUGUCUCCUGUCAUGGCGAUGGAGGUCGACCGGUGGCAUGCGGCAGGCUGCACCUUCUGUCCGACGGCGGCGCUCCUGCGGGGCCUCACCUCCCGCUGGUGGACCAUGCCCGCCUACUUCGGUCUGAGCUGUCGGCGGCUAUCGACACCGCGCUCGCUCCAUUGCACUCGGAAUUCUCUGCCAUGCGUCGGUGGCUGGCCGACCUUGCUGAAAGGGUGGAGGGUGCCUUCGUCAAGCUCGGUUCAACCAAUGGUGGCCCGGCCAACCCAUCCUUGCUGGCUGGCGCGGCUGUUGGCGUGGUGGAGGCGGGUUCGGCGGUGCCCGCCCUGCCUACGCUGUCGGCCUGCUUCGCAGGACUCGCCCUGUCCCCGGAGGUGCGGAGCCUCGACACGUCGGGGGUUGAAGCCUGGUCCGCCCCUGAUCCACCAUCGACCAUUGAUGCUUCGCCUCUGGCCCGGCCUGUCGACGCCGACCGCGCGAUGUACGACGCUGGGGGUGACCCUGUCGGGCUCCUUGUUGUUGUGCCUCCCUCCACCGCCCCUCGUGAUCAGGCCUGAGCCGGUCACCGUCCACACGGUCAAUGCAGCUGGGAGUGGCCCGACGGAGAUCCUCGUCACCGCGACCCCCCCCCCCCCACCGUCGUGGUCGGGCCUGGGAUGGAUGCCACCGACCCGGUCGGAGCACUCACGCUGUUGGCAAAUGCCUGCCCUGAACCCGCUGUCAUUGUUGCCUCGGAAGCUGCUACGGACGUGCCUCCGAUUGGGAACCCCCUGGAGUCUUUCCUCGCCAGCGUUGUCGGGGAGCCGCCCGCCCCGUUGCUGUCUACUCCGGCCACCCGUAGGAGCAAGGGGGGCGUGUCGGUCGCGCCGGCUCAUCGUAGCGCCCGGCUCGACAAAAAGAAGGCAAAAGCCCCCUCGGGGCUGCUACGGAGGCGAUCCAGGAGCUCAUUGCCAAGGUCUGUGGUGUACUGGACCCGUUUGUUGGAUACGACGAGAAGGCCAAGCAGGCCUACC